AUGGGCUCUAUAGCUUCAGACCGGCCAACGGCCAUUAGUGUAUCACUCUCAGACCUCGAAUCUAGCAACGUGGACCUUUCAACUCUCGAGCAAGCCUUUGGUCCCAACUCGCUGGGCAUUAUUCUGGUCCGCGAUCUUCCUUCUACUUACCCAGCUCUGCGAAAGAAACUUCUUAGCUACUCAUCGUUCCUUGCCAACCUUCCAGCUUCGGAACUGGCCAAGGUUGAGAAACCAGAAGCACGCUACAACAUUGGCUGGUCCCAUGGAAAGGAAAAACUCGACAAUGGCAAGUACGAUACGAGCAAAGGAAGUUUCUAUGUCCAGCCGGGCGAGCAGGAUCAAAGUCUGGUGAAGAAGGCGAGGGAGAUGUAUCCUGAAUUGAAGGAUAUGACCUCCGAGAACGUCUGGCCAGAAGAAGAUGUGCUGCCGGGGUUCAAAGCGUGUGUGGAAGAAAUGUKCGAGUUGAUUGUCGGCGUUGCUGCAUUGGUGGCAAGGGCAUGUGAUCGGUAUGGGAAGGCAAACUUGGAGGGUUACGGGAACGGUGUGCUGGAGAACAUCGUGCGAGGGAGUGUUGCUACCAAGGCCAGACUGCUGCAUUACUUUCCUGCUGCUGAGACUGCCGCGCCAGCCGAGGGAGAGAAGGAAGUGGAAAUGGACGACGAUAGCUGGUGUGGUACGCACACGGAUCUUGGCGCUCUCACUGGCCUCACAUCGAACAUGUUCGUUGAUGAAGCACUGCACAAGCCGAACCUUCAAUCGUCAAAGGACGGCAUAUUGGAGGAGCUGGAAGCUCACCCGGAUCCCAAGGCAGGCCUUUGGAUCAAAGAUCGUGCUGGUCGCACUACGCAGGUUGAUAUUCCAAGGGACUGUCUGGCGUUUCAAACGGGUGAGGCACUGCAGUUGAUCACGAGGGGGAAGUUCCGCGCUGUGCCGCAUUUUGUUCGAGGCGCAAGGACCGAGAAAGGAGCGAAGAUUGCGAGGAAUACGUUGGCGGUGUUCACACAGCCGAACCUCUGGGAGGUCGUGGAUGGGGAGAGGGGAUUGGAUUUUGCCGGAUUGGCGAAGGAAAUCUUUGGGAAGACUUAUUGA